GAGCGGAAGCUUCUCAGCGCGAAAUAGCGGAAGUGUCUUCGCUUCCGGUCUCUUUGGUCUCAGCGGCAGACGCGAGAUGACGAAGGGGACGUCAUCGUUCGGCAAACGCCGCAACAAGACGCACACACUGUGCCGCCGCUGUGGCUCGAAGGCAUACCAUUUGCAGAAGUCCACCUGCGGCAAGUGUGGCUACCCGGCCAAGCGGAAGAGGAAGUAUAACUGGAGUGCCAAGGCUAAACGGCGGAACACCACCGGGACCGGUCGCAUGAGGCACCUAAAAAUCGUGUACCGCAGAUUCAGGCAUGGAUUCCGUGAAGGAACAACACCUAAACCCAAGAGGGCAGCUGUUGCCGCGUCCAGUUCAUCUUAAGGAUUUCACUGAUUAGUCCCACAAUAAAUGUUCUGGUGUCCAAAAA